AUGGCCGAGCGGAAGCCAAGCCAAGCCGGACCUCAGAGCGACCAGUACCCAUCAAGAACGGGAGGGCCAUCGCAGGGAGGUACGAGUCGAUCGGAGACCGAAGAGCUAGAGAAGAUUGACUAUGUGGACCCACAGCAAUGUCUGAGGCUACGCCAGAUCAACGGCACAUCAAGGGACGGGGGAAGAAAGACGGCCGACGGGGAAGAUGCGCCCGGCCAAGUCGAUGAGGGUGUGCCGGUCAAGAGGAUCACUGGCCCCGCCGACCUAGACACGUUCUUUAACUCGAUCGCUCUCGACCGGAUCCUUCAAGUCCUCCUCAACUUAUCCAACCGGCUCACCAGGUUCGGCAUCCUCGAAAAUGACGCUCAGCUUAUCGAUUCUCAUCCACUCUCGUCCUCUCCCAUGGCUUCAAAGGCACAAUUCCUACGGGAAUACAAACUGGUCGUUGUCGGUGGUGGUGGUGUCGGCAAAUCAGCCCUAACGAUCCAAUUCAUCCAAUCCCAUUUCGUCGACGAGUACGACCCUACCAUCGAAGACUCUUACCGUAAACAGUGCGUGAUUGACGAGGAAGUCGCUCUGCUCGACGUGCUCGAUACCGCAGGGCAAGAAGAGUACUCUGCUAUGCGCGAGCAAUACAUGCGCACCGGAGAAGGCUUCCUACUGGUUUACUCAAUCACCUCCCGCAACUCGUUUGAAGAAAUCUCAACGUUCCAUCAACAAAUCCUGCGAGUCAAAGACAAGGACUAUUUCCCCGUGAUUGUUGUUGCAAACAAGUGUGAUUUGGAGUAUGAGCGACAAGUAGGAGCCCAUGAAGGACGCGAAUUAGCCCGGCAUUUCGGAUGUCGAUUCAUCGAGACCUCGGCGAAGCAGCGCAUCAAUGUGGACGAGGCUUUCAGCUCGUUAGUCAAGGAGAUCCGAAGAUACAACAAGGAACAAACUAUCUCACGUCCUGGGCCCAAUGGACCCGGAAAUGGCACCAACGGCUUCCAGGAAGAAGGCGAACAGUUCCAGUCUACCGGCUGUUGCUCGGGCUGCGUGAUUCUUUGA